GGGACGUCCUCCAUGUCUUCCUCCCCUCCUCAUUGUGAGGCAGAGAGGGGGGGGAUCGUCUGGCCGUGGAGCGGCGGAGUCAUGAUCUGGCAGGAUGGACAGAGUCACAGAAGACGCCUUGCGCCUCAAUCUGUUGAAGAGAGGCUUGGAUCAGACAGACGACCGUGAAGAUGUCUUGGCCAAGCAACUCAAGAUGGAGGGACACGAGGCCAUGGAGAGGCUGAAGAUGUUGGCUUUGUUAAAGAGAAAGGACCUUCCGGGGCUGGAGCUGCCCCAUGACCAUGCCGCCAAACCGGACGGACUGAAGCUGUACGAGGAGAAGAUGAAUGGAAACCUCAGGCCCCACGUGGACACCCGGCCGCCGGGGAGACAUGGCAAGGAGAACAUCCACGAGGAGCCGGUGGACAUGAGCUCCAGACGCAGUGACCAGGACCGGGCCGGACUGACACCUUCUCCAGACGUCAUUGUGCUGUCUGACAACGAAGCCUCCAGCCCCCGCUCCCCCUGCCGAUUAGAAGACCGAAUUAAGAGCGCCAACCUGGAGAUGUUCAAGGGGAAGACUCUGGAGGAGCGGCAGCAACUCAUCAAACAGCUGAAGGACGAGCUGCGGUUGGAGGAGGCGCGACUGGUCCUGCUGAAGAAGCUGCGGCAGAGCCAGCUCCAGAAAGAGAACGUCCUGCAAAAGACUCCUGUCGUACAGAAUGCUGCUACCAUCGUACAGCCGUCCCCGGCCCACGCGGGGCAGCCCAGUAUCGCAAAAGUCCCAUCACGGCCGGGCGCCCCUGGACUAGAGGUGCAGAACCUGAGGAGCGUCCAGACCCACAGCGUCAUUAGGUCGUCUUCGAAUGCCCCCCUGCCCCACAUGAUGAUGUCCCAGAGAGUCAUUGCUCCCAACCCGACCCAGCUCCAGGGGCAGUGUGUGCCACCCAAAGCCACGCUGAUCCGCAACAGCACAACGGGCAUGACGCAGACCCUGAACUACCCACAGACCAGCUCGUCAGUCCCCUGUCAGCGUAACUCGUCCUCGUCAGCCAUGUACAUGAACUUGGGCUCUCACAUGCAGGCGGGUCCUGUGAACCGAGUGUCUUCCCCGCUGCCCAGCCCCAGUGCCAUGGCGGAUCCCGUCAGCUCCCAGGCAGCUGCUAAACUGGCUCUACGGAAACAGCUGGAGAAGACGCUGCUGGAAAUCCCCCCACCCAAGCCGCCUGCCCCGCUGCUUCAUUUCCUGCCCAGUGCUGCCAACAGUGAGUUCAUCUACAUGGUGGGACUGGAAGAGGUGGUGCAGAGCGUCAUAGACAGCCAAGGGAAGGGCCACUCCUCAUUCCUGCACAUGGACCCCUUCACGUGUGCCCAGUGUCGCACUGACUUCACGCCUCACUGGAAGCAGGAGAAGAGCGGGAAGAUCCUGUGCGAGCAGUGUAUGACCUCCAACCAGAAGAAGGCUCUGAAAGCAGAACACACAAACCGGCUAAAAAAUGCCUUUGUGAAAGCCUUGCAGCAAGAGCAGGAGAUCGAGCAGCGGUUGCAGCACCAGGUCUCCUUGUCCCCGGGCACUCCCCCCACAGUUACCAAGCAGGAGAGCAUCAUCAGACAUCACUCCAUGCGGCAGGCACCACAGCCACAGAACACUCUCCAGAGAGGGAUUCCCACCGCCCGAUCCAUGCUGUCUAACUUUGCCCAGGCACCUCAGUUGCCCGUGGCGGGCAGUUUGCUUGGCAUGCCAGGUGUGAACAUCGCGUACCUGAACGCUGGCAUGGGCAGUCAUAAAGCAGCCAGCCUGGCGGACCGACAACGGGAAUACCUCCUGGACAUGAUCCCCCCGCGCUCCAUAUCCCAGUCCAUCAGUGGGCAGAAAUAGCCCUUGGCGGCAGACAAGCUGGCGGACGUUCCCGGUGAUGGGCCUGGUACCCGCCGCCCCUCCCCCGCCCCAGAGCAGC